GAGACUCUCCCAGGGACGAACGGAUCGCUGCUACAUCGCUGCCGCAGUCAGGCGGAGGUAGCCCAUUCAGGCGUCCAGUCGUAGACGGCGACCGCUCUCCGUAAGUGUUCCAAGACGGCCUGAGUCACAACAUCACAGCAGAGACGUGAGGGUCGCCAUGGAAGCGGUGAGCAUGCUGGCGGCAGCGGCUGCCCUGCUGGCCCCGGGGAUCAACUGGACUCUGCCCAACGAGCCGCCCGUGGACCCAGCCUUGCUGAUGACCACCGAGCAGCUGUGCAGGGAAGAGGGCUUCCAGUGCGAGACGCACUCCACCGAGACGGAGGACGGCUACCAGCUGACGGCGCACCGCAUCCUGCCAGCGGCGGCCGACAGGGGCGCUGUGCUCGUCAUGUCAGGGCUCAUAGGCUGCUCCGACAACUUCGUGCUGCGCGGCAGGAACAAGUCCUUGGCAUACAUGUUGGCGGACGCCGGAUAUGACGUAGUCCUAGGCAACCAGCGCGGCUGCGCCUACUCCAGAAGGCACCGCAAAUGGACCCGCAGGGACCCACAGUACUGGCGAUACACGCUGGACGACGUGGGGCGGUACGACAUGCCGGCAUUGCUGACGCUGACGCGACGCCUGACGGGGAACCCCCGCGUCUUCUUCGUGGGGAUUAGCUCGGGCGGCAACGCAUUCUACACGUGGCUAGAGCUGGUGCCGCGCAUGCAUUCCGUCGUCAGGGCUGCCUUCCUCAUGGCGCCCGCCGUGCUCUUCACGCAGCGACACAGCCUGCUCCUGAAGGCCAUCGCCUUGUUCCCCGAUAAGGCCAUCAGCGACUUCGGGAAGAACGCUGACGAGAUGCUGGGCCGGCCGCCGGGGUUUGUGCGGCUAGCCUGGCAGAUGUGCCGCCCAGACUCACCCUGGAGGAGCACGUGCGAGUCCCUGGUCGAGAUCUACACCGGACUAAACCCAUCCAGGAGCGACUUCUCACGGCUGGAGUUCUUCGUGGCUCACAGCUUCUGUGGAACCUCAACAACAUCUCUUGCCCACUACGCUCAGAAUAUAAAAACUGGGAAGUUCCAAGCGUACGAUUGGGGGCGCGAAGAAAAUCUGCGGCGCUACGGACGCGAGGCGCCGCCGGAGUACCGCCUGCAGAACGUCUCCACCCCCAUAGCCGUGUUUGUCGGCAAAAACGACAGAUACGUCUCUUACCAGGACGCACUGACGCUGAGCCGUGUGACGUCUAAGAACAUUGGUAUGUUCCUGAUGCCGCCAGAGGAGUUUGACCACUUUGAUUUCUUAGGCCACAAGGAAGUUCAUCGCUACGCCUACGAGAAGAUAAUCGCUCUCAUGAAUGAACGUGAAGACUCAGAAGAACAACAGUGACCUCACGUCAUCUUCAUUACGUUACCAGUUACGACCUCGCAUUCAACAACAAUGUAAUUGAAGAGUCCCAAAUUCGAAACAUCGCGAAUGACACGUAAUGUUUCUGAUGUACAAUUCUGGAACUCUGGAGUAAUCUCCAAAGUGUGUCCCAAAGGAUUUAACUCGUUCUGUAAUUUUUGCCAUUCGUUCUGGGGUGAUACGAAACUUCUGCUUUGUACCUUGUUAUCACAAGUUAUUGAUACAUUGAGUAUCAAUGAACUGUCAUAUUCCACCAACGUACGCAGUAAUAAUCUCACAGCCUAAGCAAACCUUAGUUUACCAUUCAUUCGUCAACCUGACGUUAAAAUCCAAGCCAUUUAAGUUUCAUGCGGCUUCACUGAAUAUUUUAGCGUCUUCUGUGUGGAACUGGAACGUCGCUGUUCCCAUGCCAAGGUCAAUUACGUCGAAAUACCCGUAAAAACUUCAGAUCACAACACGUUAACCAAGCAUCCCAUGAGUUGUUUACGUACUGGUGCCCUAUCCAAUUAAUUAGCUGCUAAGCGUCCCUGUCUAAAGCUGUCCAGCAUCCACCACUUAACACAGUAAAACUUUACCAAGAGACAAGUAAAAGAAAUUCGUUUCGCGUAACAAGACUCUGAAGUCAGUAUCAUUAUUGCGAGAAAUUCUUUAACUUGGGUGAACAUUUUACCAUGUCUAACCAUUUCUGCUAUUUUAUAUCUCAGUAGCUAUUUGGCGAUAUACAUAUUCAGACAUUUUCAUUUUGCUCUAACUUUUUCUCAAUGAGUAUCUUGAUUUAGUAUAUUCAUUAAAGUUUAUGCCACAGGUUCUCUACAACAAGACUGAGCAGAUUCCUUGUUCUAAUGUUAUAAUAUUUAACAUUAUUUGUAAUAUGUAGGCAAAUGCCUUGUGACUGUAAGUUACACAGUGAAUGUAUUAUAACCUUAAUAUGAAUCUGCACUUUUAUAAGAUAUGGAAACUUUCGCAACCGUAUUUCUACUUUAGUUUAAUAGAGUGAAUUGAUAUUUCUCAAUUUCUUAAAAAACAAUGCCACAUACUUAAAGUCUGAGAAUUCUUUUUUCUUUUGUCUUCGUUCUUAGCUGUUCUGUAUCAUACCAUGUCCGUUAAUAUUGUAUUUAAGCAAGUAAUUAUACUCAGUUGAAACAAGUAAUAAACGACACAAUCGAACGAUAUUAU